AUGGCUGUGAUUGUGAGACAACAACUGUACCUCAACACGUCGCUGAAUCCCAAUGCUAUCGAGCGACGCCCAUGGCGCUCUCAGUGUUUGAUUCGGAUGUCGUGGAGCCUUCCGAAGUGUUGGCGGAAGCGAAUCUCGAAAUGGGAGCUAAGCCAACGUUUACGUGCGCGACCAUACCUUCUCGAGAGCGCGCCGAAGGACGGCGAGUACAUCAUGUGGGCCGAGUCGAAUGCGAUGGUCCCUGCUAACAGUGUCUCACAUUACGGGAAGCCGCGGCGCGCGAAAAUUCACAUCCACACUCCUCUUGCCGGCAAUUCCUAUCCGGAUGAUGCUCUCUUCCCGCUUUCCGGAUGCCUGGUCGGAAGCAUCGCUGCUGGUCGGAUUUCCAUUGUGAUCGGCCUUGACCAAGCGGCGGAGUAG